AUGGGGGCGGUGCAGGAGGGGCGUUGCUUUGCGGCGGCGCCAGGGUUGGGUGGUGGAUCCUUUUUGGAGCUGAGGCCGUUUGAGGGGGAGGGCCUGUGGGUGGAGUACCCCUCGGACGAGGAGGCCGCCUUCGAGGAGGCGUUCAACGACUUCGAGCGCAUGUGGGCGGAUAAGUGGCACGGAAAGGACGACCCGUCCGAGGCGUCCCCGCUGGCCGUGGCCGCGGCGCACAGCUCCAUCGUGGAGGUGCUGCUCAGGAGCCUGACCAGCCUGAGCAGCCGCCUGAAGGGCAGCCCACCCCAGCCCCCUGGCGACCUAAUGGAUGUGGCGCCCUCGAGCCUGCAGACAAGCAGCUCUUGGGACGACUAUGAGCGAAGGGGGCUGUUCAGCUCGGCCAGCUGGAGGCGGAUGUUCAGCGCCAAGCCGUCGGGCCCUAAGUGCACGAAGUCGGGGCCGUGCGAGCUGUUUGCUGAUUGGCCAAUCCCGCCAUACCCAGAGGACUACGAUUGGGACGACUGA